AUAUCAGGACCUAUAGACACCUGGAGAGAACACAACAUUAUAUCAGGACCUAUAGACACCUGGACCAACCUGGAGAGAACACAACAUUAUAUCAGGACCUAUAGACACCUGGAGAGAACACAACAUUAUAUCAGGACCUAUAGACACCUGGACCAACCUGGAGAGAACACAACAUUAUAUCAGGACCUAUAGACACCUGGACCAACCUGGAGAGAACACAACAUUAUAUCAGGACCUAUAGACACCUGGACCAACCUGGAGAGAACACAACAUUAUAUCAGGACCUAUAGACACCUGGACCAACCUGGAGAGAACACAACAAGAUGAGGAUCCUGCUGAUAGUCAUCCUCCUCUCCUUCAUGACAGGUUGUUUGAGCUCCUUCAAAGUGACAGGAUACUCUGGAGGAACUGUCAUCAUCUACUGUCAUUAUUACAUCGAACAAAGAAGUAAUGAAAAAUAUUUCUGUAAGGGACCAAAGUGGACUUAUAGUUGUGGUAAUAAAAUAACUUCCCUGAGUAAGAACACCUGGAAGCACAGUGGUAGAUUCUCUCUGUAUGACAACACUGGAGGAAACUACUUCAAGCUGAUCAUCAGACAACUGACCAGACAAGAUGAAAGGACCUACUGGUGUGGAGUGGACAAACCUACUAUACCUGACAGUUAUACCAAGGUAGAGCUGGAGGUGAAGAAGGAUGACUGCUGUGAGAAGUCAGUCACAGAGACGGCCUUUCUGGGAGGAGAAGCUACCAUCAGAUGCAACUAUCCAGAGGACCAUGAGGACAACAUCAAGUAUUUCUGCAAGGAAAGCAAUGACUUCAAGACUUGUGUUUAUAUGGUCGCUGCUCACCAGACAAAUGCAAAAGCUCGGCGAUUCUCUCUGUCUGUCAACAGCAGAGGUACAUUCUACACAGUGACCAUCAGUGACCUGACUGAAGAUGAUACUGGGACCUACUGGUGUGGAGUAGAAACCAGCAGGACAGAACAACGUUACAUUACACUGAUCACACAGGUGAAGCUGCUUGUUAUAAGAUCUGUCUCUUCAACUCACAUAGUGAGUCCAGCCACAGGGAACAAUGGAGGGGGUUGUCACGGUGACAUUGAUUAUGAAGAGAUAAAGGAGAGCCCCCUACGGUCAGACUGCGACAACCACCAUCUACGCCGCCGUCAACUUACCCACAAGCCACUCUGACUCUCAAAUCAAAUGACAUUUUAUUUGUCACAUGCCCCGAAUACAACAGGUGUAGUAGACCUUCCUGUGAAAUGCUGAAUACAACAGGUGUAGUAGACCUUCCUGUGAAAUGCUGAAUACAACAGGUGUAGUAGACCUGCCUGUGAAAUGCUGAAUACAACAGGUGUAGUAGACCUGACUGUGAAAUGCUGAACACAACAGGUGUAGUAGACCUUACUGUGAAAUGCUGAACACAACAGGUGUAGUAGACCUUCCUGUGAAAUGCUGAAUACAACAGGUGUAGUAGACCUGCCUGUGAAAUGCUGAAUACAACAGGUGUAGUAGACCUGACUGUGAAAUGCUGAACACAACAGGUGUAGUAGACCUUACUGUGAAAUGCUGAACACAACAGGUGUAGUAGACCUGCCUGUGAAAUGCUGAAUACAACAGGUGUAGUAGACCUGACUGUGAAAUGCUGAACACAACAGGUGUAAUUUGUAAGUCGCUCUGGAUAAGAGCGUCUGCUAAAUGACUUAAAUGUAAAUGUAAAUGUAGUAGACCUUACUGUGAAAUGCUGAACACAACAGGUGUAGUAGACCUUACUGUGAAAUGCUUACUGACAAGCCCUUAACCAACAAUGCAGUUCAAGAAAUAGAGUUAAUCAAAUAUUUACUAAAUAAACUAAAGUAAAACAAUCUAUCAAAAAGUAACACAAGAAAUGUACAUAACAAUUACGAUGCUAUAUACAAUGGGUACCGGUACAGAGUCGAUGUGCGGGGGUACAGGUUAGUCGAGAACAUUUGGCAAUGUAAAUAGUCUGGUGGCCAUUUGAUAAGUUGUUCAGCAGUCUUAUGGCUCGGGGGUAGAAGCUGUUAAGGAGCCUUUUGGACCUAGACUUGGAGCUCCGGUACCGCUUGCCGCGCGGUAGCAGAGAAAACAGUCUAUGACUUGGGUGACUGCAGUCUCUGACAAUUUUUUAGGCCUUCCUCUGACACCACAUAGUAUAUAGGUCCUGGAUGUCAGGAAGCUUGGCCCCAGUGAUGUACUGGGCCGUACACACAACCCUCUGUAAAGCCUUAUGGUCAGAUGCCGAGCAGUUGCGAAUUGGAGUGGGUCUAGGGUUUCUGGCAUGAUGUUGUUGAUGUGAGCCACGAUCAGACUUUCAAAGCAGUUCAUGGCCUCUGACGUGAGUGUUACGGGGCGGUAAUCAUUUAGGCAGGUUACCUUCUCUUUCUUGGGCACAGGGACUAUGGUGUUCUGUUUGAAACAUGUAGGUAUCACAGACUCGGCCAGGGAGAGGUUGAACAUAUCAGUGAAGAUAAUUGCCAGGUUUUCCGCACAUGCAUUGAGUGCCCGUCCUGGUAAUCCGUCUGGCCCACAGCUUUGUGAAUGUUGACCUGUUUAAAGGUCUUCCUCACAUUGGCUACAGAGAGCGUGAUCACACAGUAGUCCGGAACAGCUGGUGCUCUCAUUCAUGCUUCAGUAUUGCGUUUUCCUUGAUUUUCCAGACAUAGCGUUUUCCUUGAUGGCCAAAAAGCUCAAUUUUAGUCUCAUCUGAACAGAGUACCUUCUUCCAUAUCUUUGGGGAGUCUCCCACAUGACUUUUGGUGAACACCAAACGUGUUCGCUUAUUUUUUUCCUGUAAGCAAUGGCUUUCUUCUGGCCACUCUUCCGUAAAGCCCAGCUCUGUGGAGCGUACGGCUUAAAGUGGUCCUAUGGACAGAUACUCCAAUCUCCUCUGUGGAGGUUUGCAGCUCCUGCAGGGUUAUUGUCAGGGUUGGUUCCUUGUCCCUUGUCAAUCUUUGGCUUAUUGCUUAAAUCAACAGUCAGACAAUAUCUUCUUUAAGUACAUCAAUCACACCUUUAUUAAUGCAACUGCAGACAGAAGUUGACAAUGGAAACACAGCUUGUAUGUUUCAGAGUAAGUUCUGCAGCCCACCUAAGGGCACAGCUGAUUAUAUACAUGUGAUCACUCCCUAGUGGUGUGAUCACCUACAUCAAUGUAUGUGUGUAUCAAUAAGCUGAAGUUACCUUAUAAGGCAACCUAGUACAAUAGUUUGUCUGAAUUCAUUAGCAUUGUCCACUGUGACACAAAAUGUCAACACCAGACAGUGGUAACUUCUCUUUAUCUAGUUUCAGUUUGACUCAGACCUAACAUGCAAGCACACUCUUGCAACAGCCAGGGCGUAACCACAAAAACUAAUAUAGAUGGCUUGUGCAACGUAUAGUGGCAGAGUUUUUAGACACAUAGCAACAGUAUCUAUUAUAAGGCCUGCAGCAAAACAUACGAAUCCUAAGGUCCCCUUAAUCAAUAAUGGGUAGAGUCUUUGUGACCCACCCCCUACAUUAUCUUUGGUCUCUUUGUUGCCUCUCUGACUAAUGCCCUCCUUGCCUGGUCCGUGGGUUUGGUGGGCGGCCCUCUCUUGACAGGUUUGUUGUGGUGCCAUAUUCUUUAAUAAUGGAUUUAGUGGUGCUCUGUGGGGAUGUUCAAAGUUUCAGAUAUUUUUUUAUAACCCAACCCCUGUCUGUACUUCUCCACAACUUUGUCCCUGACCUGUUUGGAGAGCUCCUUGGUCUUCAUGGUGCCGCUUGCUUGGUGGUGCCCCUUGCUUAGUGGUGCCCCUUGCUUAGUGGUGCCCCUUGCUUAGUGGUGCCCCUUGCUUAGUGGUGUUGCAGACUCUGGGGCCUUUCAGAACAGGUGUAUAUAUAUACUGAGAUCAUGUGACAGAUCAUGUGACACUAAGAUUGCACACAGGUGGAUUUUAUUUGACUAAUUAUGUGACUUCUGAAGGUAAUCAGUGGCACCAGGUCUUAUUGAGGGGCUUCAAAGCAAAGGGGGUGAAUACAUAUACACUUUCUAUUUUUUAUUUUAUAGAAUUCUUUUAAAACAAGUACUUUUUUUUUCAAUUCACUUCACCAAUUUCAACGAUUUUGUGUGUGGCCAUUACAUGAAAUCCAAAUAAAAAUCCAUUCAAAUUACAGGUUGUAAAGCAACAAAACAGGAAAAAUGGCAAAAGGGAUGAAUACUUUUGCACUGUAACUGUCCUCAAAGUGGCCGGCAGACAGGAGGAGGCGGGAUUAGCCAAUGAGAGGGCAGAUAGUGGCCGGCAGACAGGAGGAGGCGGGAUUAGCCAAUGAGAGGGCAGAUAGUGGCCGGCAGACAGGAGGAGGCGGGAUUAGCCAAUGAGAGGGCAGAUAGUGGCCGGCAGACAGGAGGAGGCGGGAUUAGCCAAUGAGAGGGCAGAUAUGCAUGUGAGCAACAGGCAACAUCAAUAUAAAAUGUUUUCUCCUCAAAGCCACUGUUGUCCACUUACAGUAUAUCAGUCAAAUCUUAGCAACCUAAACCUUCCCGAAAACGUUCAUUCGAUCAAAUAAGCCUCAAUUUCCUGUUGACCACGAGAUUCUAACUCACAACCAUCCACCCCGUCCAAACACCCUACUUUUGUUUUUGCCUUAAGUAACCAUGUUUUACGUAACCAUAUUGAACUGUUACUAUCAGACCUCAAUACAUUAAUAUAGAGCGUUGGGCUAGUAACCGGAAGGUUGCAAGUUCAAAUCCCCGAGCUGACAAGGUUCAAACCUGUCGUUCUGCCCCUGAACAGACAGUUAACCCACUGUUCCUAGGCCGUCAUUGAAAAUGGUCUUAAUUAACUGACUUGCCUAGUUAAAUAAAGGUUAAAAAAAUACACACCCCAUAUUGAACUGUGUUACUCACUGAACACAGCACAUAAUUAUUGGCAUGUAUGUAUCAUCUUAUGCUACAGUGAUCAAUGCUGUACUUUACUUUAUCAUUCAACACUGUUUUACUGGAGUCCUGACCUCAUAAAUCAAUACUGUACUUUACUUUAUCAUUCAACACUGUUUUACUGGAGUCCUGACCUCAUAAAUCAAUACUGUACUGUACUUUAUCAUUCAACACUGUUUUACUGUAUUGCUGGAGUCCUGACCUCAUAAAUCAAUACUGUACUUUACUUUAUCAUUCAACAGUAGACCAGAACCAAACUGUAUUAGUUACUAAACAGAUCAGGUCUUCAUUACUAGUCACAUUCAAGGUAAUGGUCAUAUUUUAAACAUGUUUCCCUUGAUUCUCAGUGUCCAGACAUUAGACUAGAACAGAGCUGCCAAGACAGUGAUGUGAGAGUUUAUCAACAACACAAUCUGAGGAUGUCUGUACAUACUAUAACUCUGUCUUGUGUUUAUGUUGUAGCUGUGGUCUGUGUGUUGUCAGGGGUGAUUACAAUGAGAUGGAUACAUACUAUAA